ACAUUUCCAACACGCUGCAAGGACCGCCUGAACUCGCUGGCCAUCUCGGUGAUGAACCAGUGGCCCGGCGUGAAGCUGCGAGUGACCGAAGGCUGGGACGAGGACGGUCACCACUCGGAGGAGUCGCUGCACUAUGAGGGCCGCGCGGUGGACAUUACCACUUCGGACCGCGACCGCAAUAAGUACGGACUGCUGGCACGCUUGGCAGUGGAGGCCGGCUUCGACUGGGUGUAUUACGAGUCCAAGGCCCACGUGCAUUGCUCCGUCAAGUCUGAGCACUCGGCUGCGGCCAAGACAGGUGGCUGCUUUCCUGCCGGAGCCCAGGUGCGCCUGGAGAGUGGGGCACGCGUGGCGCUGUCAGCCUUGAGGCCUGGAGACCGGGUGCUGGCCAUGGGGGAGGAUGGGAACCCCACCUUCAGCGACGUGCUCAUCUUCCUGGAUCGCGAGCCAGACAGGCUGAGGGCCUUCCGGGUCAUCGAGACCCAGGACCCCCCGCGCCGCCUGGCACUCACGCCCGCCCACCUGCUCUUCACCUCCAACAAUCACACGGAGCCAGCCACCCACUUCCGGGCCACGUUCGCCAGCCAAGUGCAGCCCGGCCAGUAUGUGCUGGUGGCCGGGGUGCCAGGCCUGCAGCCUGCCCGAGUGGCGGCUGUCUCCACACACGUGGCCCUUGGGGCCUACGCCCCGCUAACACGGCACGGGACGCUGGUGGUGGAGGAUGUGGUGGCUUCCUGCUUCGCGGCCGUGGCGGACCACCGUCUGGCUCAGUUGGCCUUCUGGCCCCUGCGACUGUUUCACAGCUUGGCGUGGGGCAGCUGGAGCCCGGGAGAGGGGGUGCACUGGUACCCCCAGGUGCUCUACCGUCUGGGACGGCUCCUGUUGGAAGAGGGUAGCUUCCACUCGCUGGGCAUGGCCGGCCCAGGGAGCUGAAAAGGCCCCUUCGCUGCCCUCCCGCAACUGCCUAACUGCUUGCCGCAGGGCACCAGCGCUGGCCGGGGCCUGAGUUGGGGGGCGCUGGUUCCCACCAUCUCCUCUUCGACAGAGACACACCAUCGCGACUUGACUGGGCAGUGCCAGUGUGGACCACCCCACCUCGAUGCCGAGCCGGUUGGGGCGGGGUGGGGCUGCUCUAGCCUUCUAUUCUAGAGACCUCGAGGCUGGCACAGUGGGGCCAACCCAGCCAGCCCUCCCUUCGGCUUUUCACACCCGCCUUCCCCACAGAGGAGGGCCCAUUCCAUUUGUCUGAGGCCCCUCUUAGUUGGGCUCACACCUCAGUUGAUGCUGCUAGAUUCCCUGGGAGCCAGCAGGGAGCUGGCCGGACUCAUCACCUGCUGCCCAGAACUGCCAAGGCUGCGGGGUAGGGCAGCCAGCCUGGUCACCCUGAGGCAUGACCUUCGUCCCUGGCCACACUCCCCGGGACACAUCCAGAGACUGUUGCUGUGGUGGCCAGAGUUCUGGGUUCCAGCCAAUGUGAUCAUAGUGCCCGGGACCAGGGGAGGGGGCUGGAUGUCCUUCCGCCCCUGCCCAGGCUAAGCUCCCUCUUCUGCUGAACCAUGACCCCCACACCCCCUCCGGUCAGUCUCCCCCACCUUAUUUAUUGGCGCGGAGGGGGAAGCCCAUGGGAGAAUUUGGGGGAUGUUUUGGUCUUUUCUUCCUUUUGUAAUAAAAAUUAUUUAAGUUGUUAGA